AUGUUCCCUUACCCUUCGGGAAGUGGCUUGCAUGUUGGUCAUAUCCGCAAUUACACCAUCGCUGAUGCCUUAGCUCGUUUUUACCGCUUAAAAGGAUGUAAUGUUCUAAUGCCGAUUGGUUGGGAUGCUUUUGGUUUACCAGCCGAACAAUAUGCUAUUCAAACUAAUAAUCACCCAGCCACUUUUACUCAAAAAAAUAUUGAAAACUUUAAACAACAAUUAUUAAGUAUCGGAUUUUCUUACGACUGGAGCACAGUUUUAGCUAAUGAAGAAAUAAAAAAUGUAGAGGGCAAAAAGGUUUCUGAACUAGUAGAAAAAAAAAUAACUAUCCCGGUUUUUACUACUCGCCCAGAUACUAUUUUUGGAGUGGUAGCGAUUGCUUUAUCGAUUAACCACCCCUUAAUUUCAGAAAUUGUUUUACCGGAAUAUCAAAAAAAAGUGAAUGAUUUUUGCGAAUCCUGGAAAGAUAAAAAAGAAAAUAAAGAAGUUAUUGGUGAGUUUACCGGUAGUUAUUGUCUAAAUCCAUUAAAUAACGAAAAAAUACCGGUUUGGAUAACUAAUUUUGUAGUUAGUGAUUAUGGCACGGGGGCAGAAAAGAAGCAAAACCAAGAAAUUGAUUUUACUUUUGCUAAAAAUUAUCACGAAAACUGUCCGGAAUGUCAAUUUCCCAAACUAAAAGGUUUUGUUGAAUGCGGCACUGGUUUUUGCCAUUGUUCUAAAACUAGUUUCCUACUUACCAAAGAGGAUAAAAGCGAAGCCAUAGAAAUUAUUAACCAAGAAUUAGAAAAAAAAGGAGUAGAAAACCACCAAAAAGAACUUUUAUCUGAAAAAGAAUUGCCUCUAAUUCUCCCUACUUUAACUGAUUUCGCCCCUAACCCUCAUUAUUAUUCUCCUUUGCAAAAAGCCGAAAAUUGA